GCGAUGCGCGGGAAACGAAGCGUCAGUCGUACUUGGUCGGCAAGAACGCGCGCACGCCACGCCGGCUUUUAGGUUAGGUUUGGCGCGGUUUUGCUAGCCAGGUGCUCUCGCCGCCCCCGCACUCCCCUACUACCUGACAGCUGUUUUCUCUCGGGAGAUUAUUAGUCAGAUGUUUCUCUGAACCAGUCGGAGCUCACCUGACAUUUAAGCAUGGCUGCUAACGGACGUACACCGAAGCAAAGGAGGUUGGAAAUAGCAGCAGGGAUGGCUCUGAGGAACACGAAUACGCCUAGAAGGAGACGCGGUAGCUGCAAAUGUUUAUUUGGAGCUCCGGACAGGGAUGAAACGCGCCGUUUGAUGGCGGAACAAUACGCCAGGGAUAGGAAGCGCUUCAUACGGAGGUUUAACUUUGACAUUGAAACUGAGUGUGCGUACAAGCCGACGAAAUUGGAUUCGCCUGUGAAAUUCAGUGAAGAAAAUAAGGAAAACGGUAGCCCAAGGACUGGUGUGGAGGCGCUAGCUUGUGUGGAGAAUACGGAUUUGCGGCUGGGGUCCCCGUCGAGGCGUAGCAGUGCUGGUAGCUCACCAAGGACGCCCAGAACUCCUAGGACGCCUAAAGCGUCUAGGACUCCGCGGACGCCUAAAACCCCAGCGUCUAGGAGACAGCUGCAAAUGACAGAUUAUUGGACGUUACGGAAGCACUCGGACCCGGCAUCGGACAAAGAAAACUAGUUAAAAAUAAAACCUCUAAAUUAUUAAAGAUAAAGAUAUUAUAAAUAUUUAAUAUUAGUAUAGAAAUAAUAAAUUUAGAUUAUUAUUAAAAAUUUACUAAAAAUACUAAAUUUUAUUAGAGGCUUUUGGCAAUUUUGUAAUAUUUGGCCCAUACCCUAUAAAAAGGGAAUUUUAAAGGUGUAGGAUUUAGUUAAUUUUUUAUAUCGAAUGAUCUCUACAUAAAGAUGUUAUUAUAAAGUGUUAUUUAACAAUCGAACCCUAGACUUUUCGAAGUGUGAAGCGUUGUUCGUCUUUUUUAUGCACUUAAUAUUAUAAUUUAUUUUUUAGUUAAAAACUUCCGAUUUCUGUCAUGUGUUGAAUACAUGAUUACAGAGGUAUCUAAAUUAAAUAAGAAAUGCCUUUUUAUUCAUUUUUUUUAAGUAGAAACAUCAAUAAAUCAAAUAACUUGUAGCCAUAUAAACUCCGUCUAUAGUCC